GUCACAAUCAAAGCUGUGUGGUUUCAAGAUGAAAUGGGUCAGCCUGCAAUUGAUCUCCCUCGGCCUCUUGCUGAUCUUCAACGACCAGACUUCUUUCUCCGCUGCCCAGACUAAGAGCUCCAAAUGCAUCAGCGGGGACGAGCUGGAGGAUCACUCCGACAGAUUCCUGGAGACAUACUGGCAGAAGCACCUGAAGCAGCAGGACAAGCGUACCAAUCGAACGCGCCGAGGAUUAAACAGCCGCUCCUUAUCCCCGUGGAAGUUCAGACUAGACUAUGACGUCAACAGGAUUCCUCAUCAUAUUGUCUUCGCAAAGUGCCUCUAUCAGGGCUGCAUCAUCAACCAGCGUGAAAAUCUGAACUACAACUCUGUGCCUGUGUUUGCUCAGAAAAUGGUCAUGAAAAAGACUAAAUGUAAACGUCUUCCGAACACAUACAAGGUCAAGGAGCGUUAUAUCAAAGUCCCUGUGGCCUGCGUGUGUGUUGUCCCCAAGUCAGCUAAGUGA